AUGACUGACUUGAAACAACAGUACGAAUCAAAAGGUCAAUCACAUUUGUUUGCCCACUGGGACACCUUGGCACAAAACGAAAGGGAGCAUUUUCUGAACCAAUUGAGUAAGUUUGACUCUAAAAAAUUGUCUGAAGAUUGCCAGAAGGCAAUUGCAUUGGCAGACGAAAAUUCAAGCUCUGAAAAUGUCAUCAGACCGUUACCAGCAUCAUCGUACGAAUCGGUGAUUGGAGAUGACGAUUUGAGGAAUACGUACCAACAAUUGGGAUUAAAUGCUAUCAAGAAUGGCGAGGUUGCUGUUAUUUUAAUGGCUGGUGGUCAAGGUACGAGAUUGGGAUCUUCCGCACCAAAGGGAUGCUACAAUAUCGGCUUACCUUCUGGAAAAUCAUUAUUCCAGAUCCAAGCUGAAAGAUUAAAAAGACUACAAACUCUUGCUGGCUGUACGAAACCGAUACAAUGGUACAUCAUGACAUCAGGACCCACAAGAGCCGCUACUGAAUCUUUCUUCAAGGAGCAUAACUUUUUUGGCCUCUCAGAAUCUCAGAUCCACUUCUUUAACCAAGGCACGUUACCAGCUCUUGAUAUUUCUGGAGAAAAGUUAUUCUUGAGCGACAAAGAUGAACUUGUGGAAUCACCUGAUGGUAAUGGUGGCCUAUACCGUGCUAUCAAAACUAAUAAUUUAUUAAAUGACUUCAAUUCCCGCGGCAUCAAGCACAUACACAUGUAUUGCGUCGACAAUGUCCUUGUUAAAAUUGCAGAUCCAGUUUUCAUCGGCUAUGCUAUCAAGAAUGACUUCCAACUUGCUACGAAAGCUGUGAGAAAACGUGAUGCUCAUGAAUCUGUUGGUAUAAUAGCCACCAAAAAUGAUAAGCCAUGUGUCAUAGAAUACUCAGAAAUUUCAAAACCUCUAGCAGAAGCUGUUGAUGAGGACACAGGGCUACUAACUUUACGUGCUGCCAAUAUUGUCAACCAUUACUAUUCAGUAGAUCUAUUGAACACGAAAUUGGACAAUUGGGUAGAAUCUAUGCCAUAUCAUAUAGCCAAAAAGAAAAUUUCGUACUACGAUAAUGUCAAUGACAAAUAUGUGAAACCAUCAGAACCUAACGGUAUAAAGUUAGAACAGUUUAUUUUUGACGUUUUCCCCUCCAUUCCUAUGUCUAGGUUUGGUUGUUUGGAAGUCGAAAGAGCAGAAGAAUUCUCUCCACUAAAAAACGCUCCUGGAACUGCAAAUGAUAAUCCUGAAACUGCUAGGGAUGCUUACCUUCAUUUAACUACAUCUUGGUUGAAAGAUGUAGGAGCACUAGUCAAUGAUGAAAUUCUUGUCGAAGUUUCAAGUCUAUUGUCUUACGGCGGGGAAAACCUUGACUCUUAUAAAGGCACUGUGUUCGAUAAGCAAGGCGAAAUUUUGAACUAA